UUUCAGUGACGUUUCUGCAACGUGAUUUCAUGAGCUGGAAAUUUCUGUCUUGAAACAACUUCCGCUUUAUUUCUGCGCUUGGAACGUUGAUGUAAGGUUCAUAACGGUUUACCGGAACGUUUCGACGGUUCGCAGUUCGACAAAACUUCAAUGGAGCACGGUAUUGGAGAUAACGCUGACCACGACUGGUCGGCGGAACAACGAGUGGACGGCCUGGUGAACAAACACAUGGCAGACAUCGCUCUGGAAGCCCUGCAGCAGCGGCUGUCCGCGGUCACCGAAGAGAUGCACAGUCUGGCCCAACAUGUCUCCAGACGCUCAGGGGAGGAGUUCAAAGACGAGCCGCGGCGAGGGGACGUCAGCUUCGGCGUGGAGCCGCCGCUCUCCUGCAGCUCCGGAGCGGUCGCUUCAUCCUCAGAGACUGCUCAGAGAAAGAUCAUCGCCCUGCUGGUGGAAAUAAAAGAGGAACAGCUGAGGCAACGGGCAGUGCUGAGGAAUAUUCAAGCUCGACUUCAGGGUCAGACACCCAACAACGAAGACAAUGUGGAGGCUCUGGACAUAGAUCUCCCUGUGAGGACCCUGGAGCAGCUAGAUGCGAUAGAGACACAGCUGGAGGACCCAGGGACACAGAAGAGAAUGGUCUCUUACCUUUCACGGCUUGGUGGGGCUACAGUUGAUGAUGCGGUGAGACGUCUGAUGAAAGCUGUGCUUUCUUUCGCUGUUGGUUCUGAGCUUAACUGGGUGGGUCGUGGACAGAAAAGGAGCUUCAAAAACACCCGCAUCCAAGGAGUGCUCUUUUGUGCUCUGAAGCGAACACCAGUGGGGAAGGAGGCCACCCAUCACCAGUACGCUGACGUGGUGAAGAGAUGGCUGCGUUUUGCUCCCUUCAGACAGGGAGGAACUGGCCGUCGCUACUGGAAACCUCCUGUAGACAGUCCACAUUCUCAGGAAACAGACAGUUUUAACCAAAGCUGCACAAACUGAUGUUCAUCUCACUUACUAGUUGUCCCAAGACACUGAACACAAACGGUUUCUAUUCAAAGUUCAGAUAUUUGCUAAAAACACAGUGUGCAUGGAAAGACUGUUGAUAGCAAUAUAAAGAUUUCUGCACACUAUGCAUUUCUGUUAUUUUUCUUCAUCCAAAGUGCAAAUGUUCCCUUUUCAGACAUGCACGCCUUUCCAUUGAUUUGACAGCAUCUAAAAGGGUCGGCUGCAUGUGUGAAUGGGUCUCUUUACUGUAAGAGUUGUGAUGGUAAUCUUACUAAGUCAGACUUAGUAACAUCUAUGUUGUAACAGUACAAGUCUGAAAUGCCCGCUCAUUAAUAGAAAGGCACGCAUAAGCGACAUACUCAGACUUUUGGGAGACACCUUUUCACACAUUUCAGUACUACUGUUGCAAAAACAUUGCAUAGAGAGAAAGAAACAGUUAGCUGCCAAAAUCAUAAAACAUUUUUCAUUUGCUUUGUCUUACAAUUUCUCUCUAUAACAACCUGAAAUGUCCAUAAAAAAUAAAACUUCACUGCAGUGAAGACAGAAAAUGUCAGAAUGAUGUGACCCACUAAUAUUUAAUGUAUUCCAGUUGAUUGUAGUAGUUUCAGUGCUUAGAACAUAGCAAAUAUAUUAGGUUAUUAGUUAUUUGGACAGAUUGAGAAGCUGCUGUUAGUUUAGGCUUGGCCUUUUGUAUAUUUGUACAAUAUUAUGUAUAACACAUCAGUUGAUGUGCCGUCCAAUCUUGUGUGAAAGACAAAUAAUUUACACACAUACUAUAUCUCUCCAUGUCUGUAAUGGGAAUGUCUGAAUGAAGGAAUGCUUCAUGUCAUAAGGAACAUUAAUGUAAAAGUAGCCUGUGUCUGAAUGACCACAGACUGAUUAAGCAGCAAUGUUCCAUGUUGCACAUUUAAAAAGGGCUUUAGAUUAAAACCACUGUAUGGUUUCUUUCCAGUGUGUUGUUUAACAUCUUGUACACCAGCACUGUCUGGCCAAACGCAGCUUUAACGUCACAGAUGAUCCUGCAGGGGGUGGCCCAUUUGAAGCUUUGCCUUCUGUUGGUUCACUGUGUUUCAGAUCUCCCUUGUUAAGAAGAAUUUUUACUAUUCAUGUCAGCUUCCACCUCAGAAAUGUAGAAGUACCAUCAAAUAAUACAGUUUCUACUAGAUUCCAUAUUAAGAUGCCAAUUUCUGUCUCCGUCAUUUUUCCAAAUGGGUCCUUGUGCAGUUGACUAAAAAAAGAAGAAAAAAAAUCAGGUGAAAAAAACACAAGUAUGUCCUAGUCGUUACCCUACACAUUCAUUAUGUCUGAUGUGAUUUCAAAAGCAAGAGAUGUGCCAAGAAUAUGCAGACUGCUCUUUAUUAUAAUUGAGUGGUGGCUUUAAGAUGCAUUACUCUGGAAGAGGUGACCUCUUUGCCAUGGAGUUUACACUAUUUAUAUGUUAUUCAUUUAAGUUAUGCAAUAGGUAGUUUCAGUCACACUAUGUUAUUUCAUGUUUUGCACCAUUUUGGCAUAGCCCACAUAGCAUAUACAGCUUGAUAUGUUUAGUCAUUUCUGAGGCAUUGACAGGCUUGUUUUUAACAGCUGCUGUAAUAGAUUCAGGUUGUCUAAUGUAUUACACUUUACUAUGAUGUUCCGGUUAAUUUGCAAUAAACUGUACCACAAUUUC